AUGGAUAAAUCAAAGAACUUUCGGAUCGACGCUCUGCUGGCAGGAGAGUCUCAGAGGAGGAGAAGUCGGGAUGCUGAUGGAGUGGAUGUUGAACGCGUCCAGUGUAAAAGACCCGACAGUUCUCCGAUCCGAACCAUCCCCGGUGUGCUCCAGCAGCCUGCAGGAAUCGUUCCUAAACCUGGCCUGCUGAGCAUCCCUCACCCGGGACUGAGCGCUUUAUCUCACGGUUCGAUCGCAGGGAUGUACCCGGGUCCGGUGUGCUCUCUGAGUGCGCUGGGAGCGCAGCAUGCCGCGUUCCCGUAUUCAGCCUUUACCCCGCCGUAUCCCGAGCAGCUCAAAGCCGCCGCAGUGGCCGGACAUUUUCCCUUCGAGCAGUGGAUCCGUGCUGGCAUCAUGCUGCCUCGUCUCACCGACUUUAACAGUUCACCUCAGUCAGGCCUGAUGGGAAAGUGCCGUCGACCUCGCACAGCCUUCACCAGUCAGCAGCUGCUGGAGCUGGAAAACCAGUUCAAACUAAACAAAUACCUGUCUCGACCUAAACGCUUCGAGGUGGCCACCUCACUCAUGCUUACUGAAACACAGGUGAAGAUCUGGUUCCAGAACCGGCGGAUGAAAUGGAAACGCAGCCGCAAAGCCAAAGAACAGGCGGCGCAGCUGGAGGCCGAUGGCGGCCAGCAGGCCAAACGAACCAGCAAAGUCGGAGACCCUCGUCGCUGCAGCACACAGGACGAUGAAGAUGAGCUGGAGGCAGAGGAUGAAGAGGAGGAGGAUGAAGGUUUUGGAGGUGCUUUAAACGGUGGUGUGGGUUUGACUCACUCCUCAGACUUUCUCCAGCACAGCUCCGAGCUGAGCUACAGCUCUCACAGCUCUUACUCAGAUGAUGACUUGGAGGAGAUUGGAGCAGACAGGAAGAUUGGAGUAGGGCUAUGAAGGUAUGGGUGCAGCUACAGUGUAAAUCUGAAUUAUUUACUUGUCGUGUAGU